ACUCGGUAUGGCAUCAGUGUCGCGAAAAUUACUUAAUAUUUGCCGGUUUUGUCUGUGCCAGGACGAAAGUAAGCUUCGCCCAGUCGAAGAUAUACUGCCGCUUACGAUCCAAGAAGUAGAACGGUUUACCGGUAUAAAGAUAGACACGAAGGAAAACAUAUCGUAUGCGAUAUGCUUCGACUGUACACAAAAAUUGAAAAUCUCAGCUGAUUUUCUUCAGUUUUGUUUAAACAAUAAUGCAGAUUUCGAGCAGUUACUAAGGGUUGUAGAAGCUAGUGCUAAAAAUGCGACUAAAAGAACUAUUCAACCUCCAACUCCCCAAGAAAGGGAUCCGCUAGAAUUACAUUUUGUUAUCGAAGACGAUGAUGAUAACGAAGAUGAGGAAAUUGAGGAAGAAUAUUAUGCUAACGUUGAAUACCAAAAAGCAUGGAACGAUCGAGUAGAGAACUACUCUGCCAAUUACAUCGAUAUUGGCGAAUAUUCGGAUAACGAUGAAUAUGAGCCUGACUAUAAACAUGCAACAUUUUCAAAUAAUAGCCUCAACAAGUCUGAAGCUAGGAUUCAGCAGAAUACAGUAAACAUCCGGGGUAAAGAACCGCAGGUGAGGGAAAUUGUAACGCAUCGAACCAGUAAAACGUAUCUUGCCCAGCAAUUAUGCAACUUGUGCGGUAAGCUAAUUACAAACCUUAAAGCCCACCUAGAGUCGCAUGCAAAUGACAGGAAGCAUGUUUGUCCACACUGCCCGUUAAGGAUGACCAGCAAAAGUAACAUGGACAAGCAUAUAAGGUGCGUACAUCUCAAAGUCAAAGUAAAAACGUGCUCCAUCUGCGAUAAAAGUUUCAGCAACAAUACUUCUUACACAUCGCAUAUGAAUGCUAUUCACGACGAAAAUGGUAUACGGUUUACGUGCACGGUGUGCUCGAGCGUGUUUAAACACAAAUCAGGCUUAAAGUUGCACAUGCAGAGAGCUCAUUCAAACAUUAGGAAUUUGGCAUGUAAUAUAUGUGGCAAGUUGUUUAAAGUUCGCCAAACGCUGCGCUAUCACAUGAGAGUCCAUUCGACAGAUCAACCGUAUCCGUGCAGCAAGUGUCCAAAACGAUUUAAAAGUAGAUAUGCUAUGAAAACUCACGAACUAACACAUAGUGAAAUAACGUUCGACUGUGCCCUUUGUGUAAGAAAAUACCGUUACAAAUCACUGCUCAACAUGCACAUCAGAAAGAUGCACAACCACCCAGAGAAGGAGGAACUUUCAGAGGAAGACAAAUCUCCGGAGCACAGUAUGACUUCACUCGGUAUGGCAUCAGUGUCGCGAAAAUUACUUAAUAUUUGCCGGUUUUGUCUGUGCCAGGACGAAAGUAAGCUUCGCCCAGUCGAAGAUAUACUGCCGCUUACGAUCCAAGAAGUAGAACGGUUUACCGGUAUAAAGAUAGACACGAAGGAAAGCAUAUCGUAUGCGAUAUGCUUUGACUGUAAACAAAAAUUGAAAAACUCAGCCGAUUUUCUUCGGUUUUGUUUAAACAACAAUGCAGAUUUCGAGCAGUUACUAAGGGUAUUAAAAGCCAGUGCCAAAAGUGUGCCCACAAGGACUUUUCAACCAUCAAAGCAUCAAGAAAGGGAUCCACUAGAUUUACAUUUUGCUAUCACAGAUGAUGAAGAGCAUGUAUAUGAUGAGGAAAUAGAAGAGGAUGUCGUUGAAAUUAAUGAUGACGAUGAUGAUGACGAGGACGAAGAAGAAGAGAAUGAUAAUCAUGCUAACGAUCACCACUUGAAAACUCUACGCCAGAAAGCAUGGAACGAUCGAUUAGAGAACUACUCUGCUAAUUACAUCGAUAUUGGUGAAUGUUCGGAAAGUGAUGAAUAUGAGCCUGGUUCUGAGUACUCAGCAUUUUCAAACAAUCGCAUAAACAACAAAACUGAAGGUUUAAAUCAAAUCAAUACAGCAAACACCCCAGAAGAAGAACCGCAGGUACGAGAAAUUAUAACGCAUCGAACUAGAAAAUCGUACCAUCCCCAGCAAUUAUGCAAUUUAUGCGGUAAGCUAGUUACACAACUCAAAGGCCACUUAGAAUCACAUGCAAAUGAAAGGAGACAUGCUUGUCCACACUGCCCGGUCAAGAUGACCAGUAAAGGCAACCUGGUUAAGCACAUACAUGGUGUGCACCUGAAACUUAUCUCCGAAAAGUGCGGCAUCUGCGGCAGGGGUUUCACAAACAAAAAUUCUUACGCAUCGCAUAUGGUUGCUGGUCACGGCAUUGGCGAUCGGUAUACGUGUACGAUGUGUUCGAAAAUAUUUAAUCACAAAUCAAGCUUGUGCGAUCACAUGCGACGAACUCAUUCGAACGUUAGAAAUUUGGCGUGUGACAUAUGCGGCAAAUCGUUCAAAGUCCGGCGAGCGUUGAAAAUUCACAUGCAUGUCCAUUCACCAGACCAACCGUACCAGUGCGGCAAAUGUCCGAAACGGUUUAAAAGCAGUUAUGCAAGGAAAAUUCAUGAACUUACCCACAGUGGAAUAGUGUUUGAAUGUGCACUUUGUGGAAAAACGUACCGCUACAAAUCACUGCUCAACAUGCACCUUCGAAAGAUGCACCCAGAGUCGGCGGAGUUUCCAGGUGAGGUCGAAUCUCUGGAGCACAGCAUAAGCAAUGAAUGAGUUCCUGCGCACAGCCAAAUGUUACUCUCAGCAGUUGAUUGUAACCUGCAAUCGGUCAAACGAUAAAAGGAGCUGGGAACAACAAGUCUACAAAACAGUCCAUACGUUGGUCGAACCGUACACAAAUACGCGCGCGCUUAUACUGCUUCACUUGAGAUAAGUGCCGAUGGCAAAUAAUGUUAUCAACACACCCUACCGGAAAGCUCGGUACCCAUUAUCGAUGGAUACGUUCCCG